UAGGCCUCUGGCCCGCACCAGAAGAGAAGGUUAGAAAAGUGAAGCCCAGGGGCCAAGGCUGUCCCGUUGGCGACGCCACCGAUUCGAGAGGGGACGCGGCCGCUUUAAGGCGCGGUGACCCCCACGACAUCUGCGGGCGGGGCGGGGACAGUGCGGGCGUCCGCGGCACCAGCGGAGGAGAACGUGAGGGAGGUAGUGCGCGGCGUCCGGCGCCACCAUGCUGACCGCGCUCGCCCGGCCAGCCCUGCCUGGGCUCCCGGGGCAGCUGCCCGCAGCCCCCGCGCGGCGUCAGGAUUCCUCCGGCUCGUCAGGUUCCUACCACACGGCUCCGGGUUCUCCAGAGCCCCCGGACGCUGGGCCGGACGCAGGGUGCCGGGCUAACUGGCCCGGAGGGGGCCCUGCGCUGGGGGCGGGCACACAGCCUCGCCUGUCCGUCAGCGCCCAGAAUAGCCGCCAGCAGCUCGGGCCCGGCUCGGGUUUCCCGCUAGGUCCGGGCUCCGGCCCGCCGCCACCCCAGCCCCAGCUGCGCAUGUUGCCGUCGGGGGAGAUGGAAGUCAUCUUCGGCGCCCGGGCCUUGUUCGGCCGCUCCGACGCGGCGGAUAGCGAGGUGCAACAACUCACCGCGCGGGCUUUCCGCAGCCUCUCUCCGCCCGGGCCUGCGACUCCUGCUCCCGCCGCAGCGACGCCUCAGGCCCCCGACGGCGGCUCCCGCUGGGCCACUUACCUAGAGCUGCGGCCCCGCGGGCCGAGUCCCGGGACCCCAGCGCAGUUCGAGUGUGUGGAGGUGGCGCUGGAGGAGCGUGACGCGCCCGCCAGGACCCGGACGGUGCCCAAGCGUCAGAUCGAGCUGCGCCCCCGGCCCCGGAGUCCCCCGCGGGAGGCGGGAGCGCCGCGCCCCCGACUGCUUCUGCGCACUGGCUCGCUGGACGAGUCGCUGGGUCGCCUGCAGGCAGCCACCGGCCUAGUGCAGACAGCACUGGCCAGAAAACUGAACCCUGCGGCCCCUGUCCCGAGCAGCGCCACCUUCGGGCCCACGGGGCGGCCAGAGUGUGCGACCCGGGAAACGGACCGCAUUGCCCGAAGAGUCCUGGAGGAGGCCAGUUCUCGGCCACCCCGCGUGCACUAUAGUUCAGCCCCCACCAGGGCACCACGGCCGUGGCCCAGCCUCCGAGAGCGCGCGAUUCGGCGCGACAAACCCGCGCCAGGGACCGAGCCGCUGGGUCCGGUUAGUUCCAGCAUCUUCCUGAAGUCAGGGGAGAAGACUCAAGAGGCGCACAGUCAGGAACUCAAGACUCGGUUCCCUCCGGAAACUCCGGAUAGAACCGUCCUGAGAGCACAGAGUCCGACUUUCGAGUCUACAGCCCCCCAGGAAGUUCCGAGUAAGGCUGGCAGGCCAAGGAGCUCGUCCCCGCUGUGGCAGGCUCCAAAUGGAACUUUACGGGGCCCACUCUGCCCGUCUCCCCAGAAUCUGCUCCCAUGGAAUCGGGCUCUUCGGAGGGUAAGUAGCCCGUCGUUCCCUGAGGCAUCCUCUGCAUGGGGAAAUCAGGAUCCCGCUGUCGAGGAAACGGUCAGCAGAAGCCCUUCCCCACCUACCCUUUCCCAGUGGAAUCACGGUGUUGCCAGGACAAGAAGCCCAUCCCCCGAAGCUUCCCUAUCGGAGGUUCCGGAACCGACAGUUAGUUAUACGGCAGAGAGCUGUAGAAACCCGUCCCCGCCGGCCCUGUCCUCAUGGAAGGCUCCAAAUCGUAUUAAUGGAACGUGGAACCCAGCUCCCCAAGAGACGUGGGAUCGCACACUGCAGGGCUCAUCGAUGGUAUCUACGUCGGAAACUCUGAACGGGGUAGGACAGGAGGAGCUGGAGCUGCCUAGGCCGUCCGCACACAGGACUCCCGAGCUAACAGAGGCGCUAAGUCCAUCCACGCGGGAGAUGCGGGAUCUUGCCUUCCAAGGCAGUCAGCAGUCGCCAGAAGCGGCUGCACCUGAGCUGCCCCUCAGUCGCCCGGUGGGCACCCUGGAGGCCGAUGUGCGCCAGGAAGCCUUGGGCCCUGGAGAAGCCGCCUCGGGUCGGCCGCGCGUGGCCAUCCCGCGGCCCCGAGACGUGCGCAAGAUGGUGAAGACCACGUACGCGCCCAGCUUCCCCGCCGGAACCCCGGCUUUGGGGCUGCCUGCCCCUCCUACGGACCCCCGCGGGGAGGAGGGCGGCGCACCCAAGACACAGGAGUUCGAGGCGCUGGGGUCCCCAGGCCCAGCUCACUACACUUCUGUGUAUCUCAAGGACUUUCUUCCGGUCGUGACGCACCCCUACGAGCCCCCAGAGCCGCCAACUGACACAGUGCCCCGGGACGCUUCGCAGCCCAACGGGGUCCUGAGGCGGAGAGCAGAGAACAGCACGGCAAAACCCUUCGCGCGCACUGAGAUCCGCCUGCCUGGUGCACUGGUUUUGGGCCGCCGGCCCGAGGGAACCGGGGGAGUUAUGGUGCGCGGUGCUGGCAGAGAGAACCGCGAUGCCGAAGCCCAGCGCCUGGUCCCGGACGGCGAGGGGCGGACCAGCCCUCUAGGCGGCGCUCGCGCUUCACCCCAGCAGUCGCCCUUAGGGCCAGCCGGGCCCCAACCACCCAGACCACCUUGCUCCGACUCCCUUCAGGCGCACCCUAGCUCUAGCCCUGGGAUCGCACCCAAACUGGAGGCGCCCCCUGGAGCCCCCGAGCCCGCGACUGCCGUCCAGUCGGUUCUCCCGCGGGAAUCCCAGGUGUCGGCUGGCAGGACAGCCCCGACCCAGCCCCGUGCUGCCUCGGCGCCUCCAAUGGACCGGUCCCCGGAAGGCCCCUUCCAGGGGGCGCGCAGGCCACCGGGGACCGCGUACGCGGGGAAGGUCCUAGUGGACCCCGAGAGCGGCCGCUAUUACUUUGUGGAGGCGCCGCGGCAGCCUCGGCUGCGGAUGCUCUUCGACCCCGAAAGCGGGCAAUACGUAGAGGUUCUGCUGCCGCCGUCGCCGCCGGGACCACCCCGCCGCGUCUACACCCCGCUGGCCCUGGGUUCUGGCCUCUACCCGCCCGCCUAUGGGCCUCUCUCGGGACUCUCAGUCCCGCCUUCCCCUGGCCCACCGGCCUUCAGCGGCCCCCAAGUACCCUGGAUUUCCGAGGCGGGGCCCCUGGACGGGAUGUACUAUCUGCCCGUGAGUGGAACCCCCAGCCCUGCACCUCCUCUGCUCCUCUGUGCUCCGCCCAACAGUUCAGGUUCAGCCCAACCCGGCAAGGGGUCUUUGUUCCCCGUGUGAGGCCUCAGGGCCUGAUCCUCAUGGUGUUGGGGCCUGUUUGAUGGCCUUGGAGGUUCCAGCAUCCAGUCCCCUACCCACCGUUCCUUCUAUCACCUCUCUCUCUUUUACCCUUCCCGACCCGUCUUCACACUGGAAGUUACCUUCAGACAAUGUAUCAGACUUUGGGACUGAUGGAGCUGGGACUUAGAAAGUGGUUGCCUACUUCCUCCUCCAACAAAAUGGUAUCCUCUUUUCCCAGGCAUUCCCAGAGUGUGGUGUGUGUGUGUGUGUGUGUGUGUGUGUGUGUGUGUGUGAAAGUGAGUCUUCUUAGGAGUUGUUCCUAGGAGCUGACUUGAGGGCGUGUUGGGAGUUCAUUGAGGGCAACAAGAAAGAGGCUCAGCAGAGGAUGGGGCUGCCCACGGAGGUGGUGAGCUGUCUGUCCCUCCCUGAAGGUGGACCCAGCUGAGGAGGAACAGGCCGGUGAGCGCUAGUGGGAUGGAGGGAGGACUGUGACUAGCAACUCUGUUAUUGUUUGAAAGAGGCUCUGAGCCUUGGCCUGGGAGGCUGUGUGGGAAAGUGGCCAGUACAGCCCCCAGGCCAGGCUGGAUCUGAGAAAGGGAGCUUCGGGGACGGCAAGUGGAGAUGGAGCAGGGAUGUCAUAUGGAAGGGGCUGUAGAGGGUCAGCCUGGGGACGGGGCUUGAGUGGGGAGGCAGUGGUAGUCUCCAGCUGGGAGCCCCACUUCUAAUCCUCCCCUCAACCUCAGCAUCUGACUUGGCCACUCUAAGCCCUCAGAGCUGAGUGGGUGCAUCCUGGGGCCAAGAAUGGAGGUUUAAGCCAUUCCCACCCAGGGUGGGGGACAGAUGAAAUGAAUCAUCAGGAAGGACUUACAAGCAGGAAGGAUGGUUAAGCCUCUCGACCCCUCUGGGUGUAGUGGAGGGUGGGUUAGGGCUAGGGCAGCAGAAAGGAUGCCAUGGGGGUGGGGAGCAGGGCAGAGAGACUUGGAGCCCUCAGCUGGUUCUACUCCCUUGGUAACAGAUUGGCGGCUGUGCCCAGAGAAGGCCUGGAUUGGGAGGCUGGUCACAGAAAGGAAGGAACAGAACCCAGAGCCUGUGUUCUAAUUGCAUUGAGAUUGCUGGAGCCUCUGAGGAGUGCUGAGAGAGAUGCAUGGGGUAGGGGGUGCUCUGCGGGUGGGAUGGGGGGGUCUGUGUGUAGUUCUGAGCUUGAAGUGGUGGGGCCUUGUUGAACUGAUAUGUGAUGUGAUGAGUUUGGGGAAGAACAGUUCCCAUUAGAAGCAGUUGUUAGGGAUGGAGAUUGAUGCCUUACCUAAAUUCUAGGCCUCUGGGCGGUCUUGGUCCCAGGAAGUUCCGCCUCCCUGCCUGGGGCUGGAAGCUGACUGGGAAGCUGUGAAUCAGAAUAAACCUGAACAACUUCUCAUGGCCAGAGAUGUUGGUUCUGAUGGCACGGAGGGCCCGGCGUCCCUCCUGCUCCCCUCCCCUCAUCCCGUGUGCAAUAAAUCACUGACCCAAUGAGCCAUGAUCCUUGGAA